AUAAUAAUGAGAAACCCCAUUGACUCCCAACGACCUCUCGCUCUCUCUUUAAUAAAUAAUAGUAACACCAAUUGAUAAAGAAACCCAGAGAUAACCUCAAACCCAAAAAAAAUCCACAAACCUUUGUUUUGUCUCACUUCCUCCACAAUGUCUUGGAUUCACUCUGUUUUGUUCCUUCUUCUAACUUUCCGGUGGUGCGUCGUCACUGGAGAAUCAUCUCCCGAGGUUACUGAUGAUGAUGGAGCUCCCAUGGAGAAAACAGAACGAGAAGCUCUUUACUCAGCUAUUCAAGGAUUUGUUGGUGAUUCUUGGAAUGGCUCUGAUCUUUAUCCUGACCCUUGUGGUUGGACUCCUAUUCAGGGUGUUUCUUGUGAUCUCUAUGGUGACUUGUGGUAUGUCACGGAUCUAACCUUAGGUCUUGUUCACGAAAACUCGCUUCCUUGCGUCACAAGUUUGGAGAUAAAGCCACAGUUAUUCAAGCUCAAGCACUUGAAAUCUCUCACGUUCUUCAACUGCUUCAUGUCGCCGAUAACAAUAGCUAAAGAGGAUUGGAUAAACUUGGGAAGUAGCUUAGAGUCUCUCGAGUUCAGAUCCAAUCCUGGUUUGAAUGGUGAACUUCCUGAAAUAAUUGGUACUCUCACGAAGCUGAAGUCUUUGGUGGUUCUUGAAAACGGGUUUAACGGGAAAGUACCGGCGAGUCUCUGCAAUCUAACGAGGUUACAACGGCUGGUUCUUGCGGGAAACUUGUUCAAUGGAACGAUACCGGAUUGUUUCAAUGGGUUUAAAGAUCUACUGAUCUUGGAUAUGAGUCGAAACUUAUUCUCAGGGACGUUGCCUUUGUCUAUUGGAGAGAUGGUUUCAUUGCUUAAGCUUGACCUAAGCAACAACCAAUUAGAAGGGAAGUUGCCUCAAGAAAUCGGGUUUUUGAAGAAUCUGACACUUUUGGAUCUGAGGAACAAUAGAAUCUCUGGAGGGUUGUUCGAAAACGUUGUAAAGAUUCGAUCUUUAACUGAUCUUGUUCUAUCAGGGAACCCAAUGGGUAGUGAUGACGACAUGAUGGGAAUAAAGUGGGAGGAUAUGGGUAGUUUAGUCAUUUUGGAUCUGUCAAAGAUGGGUUUAAGAGGUGAGAUUCCUUCUGGUUUAGCAAGUUUGAAAAGAUUGAGGUUUCUUGGUCUGAACGACAACAACUUGACCGGUACAGUCCCAUCAAAAGAGCUCGAGACUCUGCCUUGUCUCGGUGCUCUGUACAUUAACGGAAACAAUCUAACGGGAGAGCUUGGUUUCUCAAGAAACUUCUAUGAGAGGAUGGGGACAAGAUUUAAGGCUUCAAAGAAUCCAAAUCUUUGUCAGCAUGUCGUGUCAGAAUCUCAUCAGCAAUGUGUUGGAUUGAAGCCUUGCAUGAUGGAGAAGACAGAGGGUGGUUUGGUAAUUAAACAAACGUGGAGCAACCUUAAGAAGGAGAAGGAGGAUGAGUCAAGUUCAUCAACGGGUGUGAUGGUUACUAGACAUGUGUUGUCAAAUGGGUUCAUAUGGGAUUUGCUGCUUUUGGAGCUUUCUCUUGUUCUUGUCUUAUAUUAUUAUUAUUAUUGAUAUAAUUUUAUUUUAUUUUGGUUACUUUGUUAACUUUUUGUAUGAUGGUUAAUAGUGUCGAUGUGUUGGUUGAUAGAUUUUGAUGUCGGUGUUUGCUUAAUUAAGAGAAGAAAAUCAAAUCCUUCUUGGAUGUAACAAGUCUGAUUUCUUCUC